AUGCCUCCACAGAUUAAGCAUGACCUUAACCGCGCUGGUUGGGAGUCCACCGACUUCCCAUCCGUCUGCGAAAAUUGCCUACCCGAAAACCCAUACGUGCAGAUGUUGAAGGAAGACCACGGCGCCGAAUGCAAAAUCUGCACUCGCCCAUUUACCAUCUUCCGCUGGAAAGCCGAUCGCACCUCCCGCCAAAAGCGCACCAACAUCUGCCUCACCUGCGCCCGCCUCAAGAACUGCUGCCAAUGUUGCAUGCUCGAUCUAUCCUUCGGCCUCCCCAUCGUCGUCCGAGACGCCGCUCUAAAAAUGGUCGCCCCAGGCCCCGAAAGCUCCAUCAAUCGCGAAUUCUACGCCCAGAACCACGAGAAGGAAAUCGAAGAAGGCCGCGGCGCCAUCGAGGAAUAUGAAAAGACCGACGACAAGGCGCGCGAGCUCCUCCGCCGUCUAGCCAACAGUCAGCCAUACUACCGCAAACCCCGCCGCACCGAAGGCCCCGCAGACACCGAGACCGUCGAGGAAGGCGAGUCAUCCCAAUCGCAGUCGCAAACACAAUCACAAACACACAGCCGCUACGGCAACGGGCCAGGACCGAUCCGCACAAGCGAUAGUCGCGGCGGGAAUCGUCUACCCGGUCGCGGAGGACGCGGAGGUGGACGAGGUGGACGACCAUUCCCAGGAACAGCACAGCUACCACCCUCCGAGCAAGACAUUCGACCCCCAGCCGACCAAAACGUAACCUCGCUCUUCGUAACGGGAGUAGAGGACGAUCUCCCCGAGCACUCGCUGCGGCUCUUUUUCACAGAAUUUGGCCAGCUUCGGUCGCUGGUCUGCUCGCACCGAUCACACUGUGCUUUUAUCAACUAUGUCAAUCGCGCGGACGCCGAGGCCGCUGCCGCGAAGUGUCAGGGCAAAGCUGUUAUCCAAGGCUGCCCGCUUCGCGUUCGCUGGGGCAAGCCCAAGCCUCUUGAUAAUAUGGACCGCGAGGAACGGAUCAAGAAUGCCCGUGAAGGACGCCAGGCAGCUGGGCCUGGACCCAAGGCUGGUGGCGCUGGCAAGAAGGCCGUUACCGCUGCUGGUGAGCCGACUGAGCAGAGCAAAGCCCAGGGUAACGUGGUAGCACCUCCACCAGGCUCGGGCGAUGUUCAGUAUGCCAGUAUGAAUGGCGAUUGA